AUGUCGAAAGAAUUGAAAUCACCCUCCAAGGAUGGAAAGCGGAAGGGCAAGGCCUCGGACGCCGUUCCUUCACCUAAAAAGUCCAAAAAGGCUUCUACUUCGUCGCACCCCGUACCAUCUUCCUCUGCAUCCACAUCGAAAUUGAAGAACAAGGCUGGAGCAGGUCAGGCCACGCUCAAGGUCAACGGAUUCAAGUCAGGUCUCAAACAGCUCAGCCAGUCGGGUGCUGCAUUUGCCUCGUUUGCCGACUACAAUCCCGCACCAUCGACCAGGUUCAGCCUCUACCGUGCUGACGGUCUGCCGGACGAGGUGGGCGCAUCUAUCAACAAUGCAGACGAGAGGCUCUUGCUUGCGGGAGAGACGGAUACGAUGGCGUACGUCGGCAACAACUUCGAAUUCGGUAGCAGUGCAGAGGCUCGAGGAUACACGGGUGAAUACAUGGUCGGAAUCUACGAUCCUUCGAGCAGCUCGGUAACGCUGCGUGCCGUGCCCACGUUUCAGGUGACACGAUCUAUCAAGGCCAACAGCUCGCUCUCCUCAAUUUCGAGCACUCGUACUUUCGCUGAUUACGGCGAGAUGACGGCGGCACGCAGAGCUCUUGGUGAUGCUUUCGGUAACCGCAAGCAGAAGGCCAACGCUCGAAAUCAGGACCGAAUGAAGGUCGACACUGCCAACAUGGAAGUCAUCCUCGACGACUUUACUGGAGGUAUCCAGGACAACCUUGCAUCUCUUCCAUCCCUGGAUGAAGUGCUUGCUUCUUCGACAUCCUCUCGACCCAUGCCACCUGCCAACUUGGACGCUAAGCACCCUGCUGAAGCCUAUAGGAUUUCAGACCUCAUCCCCAGCGACAUUUUCGGAUCACUACCGAUUCAGAAGCUCAUCGACAACGUCGACGACCACGAAGCACUCAAGGAGCUUUUACCGUACUCGAAAGAGUUUCCCGCUUGGAUUUGGUCGCGAUUGUUGGACAACCUGCAGCGCAGUUCGCACCUGGCUGGUAACAGCAGUGGCAAAAAGCACACCACGUUUUCCGACGACGAAGACGAUGCUGAAGCGACUGCCAACGGCGCCGCUGGUGACGAUUUGAUGAUGAUGCCCGCUCUGGGCGCAACCGAAGACAAGGAAGAUGCAAAGGACAAAGUUCGCAUCGCCUAUUACAUGUCGCUUCUGUGGUUCAUCCAGAGCCGACCCAAAUCUGUGUCGCAGCGAGGUAAACUCAUCAGCAGUCUCAAGCUCGAUGGCGAAGACGCUAACAAGCGCAUCAUCAAAGCCAUCCUCAGCACAUUCACCGAGACGCCUGCCAACUCGGAACGUGCAGUCAUGUCGGCAUUCCACCAAACCAAGGUGCUUGCCUACAUGUGUGCUCUUGCGUUGCACUUGGACAACUUUUCCGUGGACCAUGACAAGCUCGCUCGCAACUGCAACAUCCCGCCUGCUACAUUGCGCGAGCUCUUUAGGACCCUGGGUUGCACGUCGUCGGUGGUGGGUGGAGAGAAGAGGAUGGUUCUCAAGACGCCGUUCACGCUCCCCCAGCCUAGGAAGGGCAAGGCUGGUGGACGAUAG